AUGGCCAAAACAUACCCGUUCAGAGCAUUAAAUCCCAGGACCAAGCGAUGGAACACAGUUCCCGCCGUGAAGAAGAUCAGCAAGAUCCGAUUGAACAAAGCAGAAUGGAUCGCAGCAGCAGCUGAAAAUCGUUCGGCCACAACGAAAGGAGGGAGGCAAUCCAAAAAGUCCAAGAAGUCCAAGAAAACAGGAAAGCCACGAAAGACACCGACUCGAGCGAUCGAUGCCAUAAGUCACAGUGAUCCUCAGAUUGAUUGUGGACUGCUAGGCAAUGACGAAGCUUGCAACAACGAGUGCUACGACGACUUCGUCAACACCGUGCUCACAAAACCACGCAUCGAUAUCAUCGGCCCUGGCAAACUAGGGUAUGGCGUAUUCACAGCGGCCAAGACGUUCAUCAAGAAAGGCGACUGGCUGGAAGAGUAUAUCGGCGAAAUCCGACCGAUGAACACAAACUCGUUGUAUGCCUUCGAACUGCCGACCGAGUGCAGACUCGACUCGCUGCAUGCAGGGAAUUGGACGCGAUUCGUCAACUCCAGCUGCAAACCGAAUGUCCGAGCAAGGGCGGCUACUGUAGGGAAACGCCAUGCGAUCCUGUUCCAGGCGGCGAGGAAUAUCGGUCCGGGCGAGGAGUUGCGAAUCAAUUAUGGUGGGAUGUAUUUUCAGCAGGCGGGGUUGCUUUGUAUGUGUGAUGUGAAGGAUGGGCCGCAUAUGCCAAAGGGAGGCAAGAAAGUGAAAAAGGAUGACGGCGAGGAAGAUCUUUGA